AUUGGGGGUUUUAUAGGAUCACCCCCACCCCCCAAAAAAAGCCUUUAAAACUAAUUCUCCCUCCCCCCCCUUUAUUCACUCUGCUUUUUCUUGCUGUCCAUCAUAAAGGGGUAGUACCACUACUGCUAAAAUUCAUUUAUUUUGUUUUGCACUUCUUGCCAAAGGAUCCCCAGGGUCAAAAGAAUGCUGAUGGUAUUGGGUUGGUAUGCAGCUGGUCUGAAAUGGUUCUCCGUUCUUUAUGCCUUUUCUCCUUUCCUGUCCACAUUUUCCAAAUCACCCACCGGUUUAUGAAUAUGAUAUUGGCCUUCACAUUUUGACAAAUUAAAAGGUAGUUUAAAAUGUUUAUUCUCAGCCGUUGCUGCAUGCAUCGUGGUGCAGGGAUCACAUGAUACUGUCCAUUCUGUUAAUGUAAUAAUACAGUAUGGACUGGAGAGAGAAUUGCAGCGUGUGUUUUCAUUUUAAUGUGGUAGGAAAGACUAUUUGUAAGUGGAAUUGUCAAGGGCGUUUCAUUUAGGAGAUUGGGUAUUCUAUAAACAAGCUGACAGAGAUCAGGCAAUGUGUUCUGCCUUUGGAGAGCCAGGUGAAGUGGUGUGAUAAGAUUACUGCAAAAGCAGCUGUCAUUUUUGUUACACUUCAGUAUAAUGUUACCAUUCCUGCCACGGAAGAACAAUCUGCAGAAACAAUCUCUCUCUAUCACUAUGGCAUCAAAGACUUGGCUACGAUUUUCUUUUACAUGCUUGUAGCAAUAAUCAUACAUGCUAUAAUUCAGGAGUACGUACUGGAUAAAAUUAACAGGAAAAUGCACUUUUCAAAAACAAAGCAUAGCAAGUUCAAUGAGUCCGGGCAACUUAGUGCAUUCUACCUUUUCUCCUGUGUUUGGGGAACAAGUAUUCUUGUCUCUGAGAACUAUAUAUCAGAUCCAACCUCUCUGUGGAGGGACUAUCCGCACACUCUGAUUCCGUUUCAAAUGAAGUUUUUCUACAUCUUACAGUUGGCAUACUGGUUUCAUGCUUUUCCAGAGUUGUAUUUCCAGAAAACUAAAAAAGAAGAUAUUUUUCGCCAGAUUGUCUACAUUGGACUUUAUCUCUUUCAUAUUGCUGGAGCCUACCUCCUGAAUCUGACCCAUCUUGGACUUGUUCUUCUGGUACUGCAUUACUUCGUCGAAUUUCUCUUCCACAUAUCCCGUCUUUUCUACUUCAGUGAUGAAAGAUACCAGAAAGGAUUUUCACUGUGGGCAGUGCUUUUUGUUUUGGGAAGGCUUCUCACCUUGAUUCUCUCUGUCCUCACUUUUGGCUUUGGACUGGCAAGAGCAGAAGAUCAGCAGCUGAAUUUCAGUACUGGAAACUUUAAUAUCCUGGCUGUUAGAAUCAGUGUGCUGGCCUCCAUCUGCAUGGCUCAAGCAUUUAUGAUGUGGAAGUUCAUUAAUUUCCAGCUUCGGAGGUGGAGAGAGCAUUCUUCUUCUCAGCCUCAGUCAGUGAAAAAGAAGUUCGUGACAGCUAAAGGAAAGACCUCCAGAAAAGAAAGAGAAAAUGGAAUAAAUGGAACAGUGACCUCAAAUGGAGCAGACUCGCCUCGUAGCAGGAAGGAUAAAUCCUCGUAAAACUGGGUUUUAUUAAGUUAAUUGACUAAUGUCCCCAAAGAAUCUGCUUUUUACAUGGAUGGCCCGUCAGCACUAGGGAUGUUAUGGAUUAAAGAAAAUACAAUUCAUGUUUUUUGAUUAUUGCUGUUGUUUUGAGAAACUUUUUUUAAAAGCCAUUUUGACUAAGGAAAAACGUUUAUCUGUCUUCAAAUACUUGGGGGGGGGGAUGCAACACUUUUUAAACAACAUUGACACUUUUUUAAACAUUUAUUGUGAUGAAAUAACUUGACUUAAUGAGGUUCACUGUUGCAAUGUAUCAUUUCCUUCCAGUUUUUGUAAUCUGGGUGAUAUAUAAUGUUGUACCAACUUCACUUUUUCAAAGUUCUUCAAGAAGUAUUGCAAAAUUGAAGUAAAAACUUAGCGUGCAUUUUCAGAUACUCUGGCUUUUCAGUUAAUUACCUUGAUUCAAAUUUACAGUUCAAAUUGGGAUUCUGAGACCACACCAAUAAACCUCGUUAUUCUGUAGUUGUUAGCUACACGCCUGCUCUAAGAAUUGCCCCAUAUCAUUAAAACAAGACUGAACUAAUUGGAAAUGUUGCAGAGUCUUAUUGUUUGUUGGUUAGAAAUCUCUUAAAAGGAACAAGAAACCUUUCUGAGAUAUAGCUUUAGCACUUGAAAAUUAGAAGGGAGGGUGUAUGGUCAUAGCAAGAGUUGAUUUGAGUAGCACUGUUAACUCCUGUCUGUGCUUUUAAAGUGUAGGUAUCUUGGAGAAUUAGUGUGCGUUGGACCUUCUUUGAAAACUUGUCUGUCUGAUUUUAGAGGGUGGAUGUUCUUACAGUGUGGUGUUGUGUUUGUUUUAGGAGGCAUUUAAUGCUCCAUGAAGAGGGAAUUUAUUAGAUAAAUGGAUCAAGUUGUGAGAAACAUUCCUUUAUUCUAACUGCUUUGCUUUGUUUCACCUCUUAGGAAAUAGUCUGAUUUCUCUUAUAUAUAUUUUUUAUGAAAAAAUAUUUAAAAGCUACAACUUCUUAAAACUGAUUAAUUGUGCCCUUUGCUACAGCUGGAAAAAUCUUAAUUUAAGAAUUUUUCCAUUAUCUGUCUUUCAUAAUUUUAUUAAAUGUGAAGCUUUGUCCAGUUAAUUUUCCAGUUUAAUAUGCAGUUAAUGUUUCCUCCGUACCCUUUUGUAAUGGGUAUAAUUCAACCCAUUUCACUUGAGAAUGAGUUAGAGAUUUAAUUCCGUCUUAAGAAGAAGUUGCUAAAUUAGUCUUUCAAUUUAACCCAAGUAUUGGACUGCUUAUUGAUUGAGAGGAGUAAUUAUGAGCAAUCAAGCUGAUAAAUAAAACAGUUUUAAUUUAAAAAACCUGUUACUGUAGUUGAGUUUACACCCAACAAAACAAUAAAUCUGCGUUCUGUAUCUUCUACAGUUCAAUUGCUUACUAGACAGAAUAAAUGUUUCUAGUACAAAAUCUUCACUACAACUAUCCAUUCUUCAGUUGUCCAGUGCUAUUUAGAGUUAUUGCAGUAUAAUUUAGUAUGUGUUUCGGCUAAUUUCAGUCACAGCUCCCGAGUACUUGCUUCACAGCUCCCAAAGUGGACUUGAGAGGCUUGGACUUGCUUAGCUUGAGAUCUCUGGGGCAGCAUGCCCUGUAAUAUGCCCAGUCUGCUUCAGUGGAAGUAGCUAUACCAUGUCUUGAUUUGAAGAAAUAAAACUCGGGUGGUGAAACUGUGAAUCUAUCUGAUCUGACCAUGAAACUGGAAAAUAGGUACUCAGAAAUUUUGAGGGAAUUGCAUAUAUUAAAUACUCGCUGCACAAAAUCAUGUUUCAUGUCUGAUGUUUCUGAAAAGACCUUCGUAGAUCCUGCGUGCCUUGCUCUCAAGUUGUACCUUAAGCCAAAAGGGGCAAAUUUUUCAAGUUUCUAGUCUGGUACUUUGACCCUAAAGCAGUUUGCUUGUGAUACCUGGUUGUACUGGGGCUGUCAAAAUCAUAGAGGUCGGAGGAACAAACUAUGAAUGGAGCGUUUAAGGUGCUUCGUGAGAUCCUUAAGACUUACUGGAGCCUGAGGGCUGUAAUAGUUGUUUCCCUAAGGCAAACCGUUUCGUGAAAACCUCAUUCUUUGGCACAGUAGUCUUGAAAUGUAAACUUCAGGUUCACUUCCAAAAACUUCAAGAGUAUGUUCUUGCCUGUUAAUACUGACAUUGCUUUUUGUCUCCUUUUGGCCUUACGGAUGUUCUUGGUAUUUGGACUUCUAAGCAACCACUUUUGUUUCCACAAUGGCUUAAUCUGCACCCUUGCCUUAUAGGAGUUGUUGCUUUCUGCCAAAUAAUAGAGAAUAAUUUCAGUUGUUUCAGAAUUUGGAUAGAGUGUUGAAAGCCAGUAUCUUUUGUGUCUGGUGUCAUAACUAAAAAUACAUAUUUGUCAUUUUGGAUGAGGCAAAAGCAGUAAUUGUUAAUUUUCUACCUUGGAGUGGAAGCCCCCAUGAAUUUAGACGAUUUUGAGGCUUCUAUUUCUGGUUUGAUAUUACUUGUUUGGGCAUAAGAUUAUUGUUUGCCUGGAUAACUCCUCCUGAAUUGCUUAAAACUGAUUUUUCAAAUGUUACUGCUCUUUGUUUGUAAUCUGGGAUUCAGUAAGCUGGAAGAAGAUUAGUUGUCUAAUCAUGUUUUCUUAAUUAUGGAAUCAGGAAAAUUAGAAAUGGAAAUGACUGAAGAGCUCAUUAUAUUCCUAUGCCUAAUAAAAUAAUUUUGCUUAGGCUGUAGUAAUUUAUCCUGGUCGAUUACCAGGUCCCAUAAAGAGAAGGCUUUGUCUGUGUAGGUGGAUUUGAAUCACGUAAUUCAGACAGGCUGUGGAUAGGGUUUGUUGGCUUUGGGUUUUUUCUUAAACCCCCUCCUUCCCUGCACCAUCUUAACAGAACUUUACGAUAGAUGAUUUCAAGCCUUUCUUCCUCCUCCCUCCCCCCCCCCCUCCAUGUAUGUUUGGCUUAUGUGUCAGAAUUUGCUAUCAAAACCAGUAUUGUACUUUUACUAAGUAAUUAUAUGUAACUUCAGAGUACAAAGAAGGAAUGCAGAGCAGCUGAAAUUAAUUUUCAGAGUUUUUGGGUUUUAUUUGGACACUUUCUCCUUUUGACUAGUUGCAAAGACUGAUUUCUCCUGUGUGAAGUACUCGUGAACGUGGCUCUUUGGAAAUACUGCUUUUCAGGUGGUCCCGUGCCCAAACUUAGGAAUGAUCAAGGGUUUUGCUGUGCAGAGAAAAUACAUAGGCUAUUUCUACUGACAUUAGGAUACGCUGAAAGUAAAUUAAAUAUAUUGGGAUAAUGCAUUUAGAAAAUCAGUAGUUAUUGGUAAGCAUUUGAUAUUUUUCCUCAAUACUUUUUUCUUUGAAAAUUUUAGUUGUGUUUAUGGAGUUGCAUUACCCAGAACUGCAGUAAGCGGCGUGGUGCUUUGGUACCAGUAAUCGGACUUCCGUAAGAAGGGUUAAUACACAUCUGCAGCCCUUCUGCUCUUUGCAGAUUUCUGACUAACUGCACCUGAGGUGAUUUCGCUGGGGGCAGAACUUGAUACUGAAGGGAAGGGGGAGCAUUUUCAUGGUCAUGCUAACCUGAAAGUAAUGUAGGUUGCUGCCAAAAUUGGGGCUCUGUCCCUUGCCUUGUUAGCACAAGCCUUUCUGGUUGCAUGGGUGAGCUAGAUCAGGGAGCUGGUGCGGCUGAAAACUGCUGGAAACGUGCGGCUUGUUUGCUUCGUUGCUUUUCUGCUGGCUUGGUUGUGCGUUAGUAGUCCCAGAGGUACUCAAGGAUUUAUGUACAAGCAAAAAGAAAAGCUGCAGGGAAAAGGUGAAUCAAGCUCUUAAGGCAGCUACCCCUUUCAACUGCGCGUUUGGUGGCAAAUUAUACUAGAUUACAGUAUGACUUGGAAGAUCUCGUUGAAGGGUUUCCAGUCAUCUAUACCAGAAGGGAGAGCUGGUCUCUCUCGUAGCUCCUACACGCCAAACUGUUUUAAGUGUUAAUGGAUUUUUGUCAGAUAGCGAGGGGGAAGGCGAAAUGCUCGAUGUGCUUUACUGUACUGAGAUACUGUCUCUCUGUCAUAGUUUCAGGGUUUCCAAGCAGUGCAAGAUGAUACUGGUGGUGUAGAAAUAGGAAUUCUGAAAAUGUAGUUCCUCUGGGAUCAAAAAACCAAGAUUACUUCCCCUAACAGCCGAGAAACUACCACUUUUUUGCUUUUUUUGGUGUAGGAUUUAUUUUGUUUUUUCCACAUGAGCCCUUUAUGUAUUGAAGUAGUUCUUCCAGAGAGCUUUGCAAGAAUUGCAGUGUAUGCCUGGCUGGGGACGUGGAAGGGAGGGUUGUUUGGGUUGUCUUAUUUUGUUUUCCUGUUUUCAGGAAUUUCACCAGCAGUUUCCCAUGUCAUACUUGGGUUUCAUUCCACCUGUGGCUCAGCCCUUUGGGCUGGUGGUGUAGAAGGUGGAGACUGGCAGCUUCAGUAGGCUCCCUAUGCAAUGUUGGCCAUUGCUGUCCUAACUGUUCUCUGUGGAAAAUGUCAGUAUUGAAGGGACUUGAACACUAAGUAGAGACAGUCGUGAUAAUUUGUAACGAUUGGGGGCCGAUGAGAGCCUGCGUGCAGAGAUCCCGCAUUCCAGGCAGCUGAGGUUUAAUCGCUGGAGGCUGUACUGAAGUCAUUUUGCUCCGCAAAUACUUGGGUUACUUCUUGCGCAGGCUAUAAGAAGAUCCCACAAAAUUAAGGCUCGGGGAAAACCGAAGAGGUCCUUUAAAAAGAGUAAGACUCUUCAAAGGACUGACGUCGGUUGUCAUGUGUUCAUCGGAUUGUAAUUUCUCGCACUGUUCAUUGUAGAUUAUCCUUAGAGCACUGGAUUAGCCCAUGCUUGGGUUUGGGGGUGGGUUUGUUUUUUUUUUUUAUACACUAUAGGUUGUUGUUGUGGAUGCCUGGUGGGUAUCGUCUCCUCACUGCUCCCUGAACUAUUCAGUUUCGGAUCUGAUAAGCCUGGUUCUGUACACAUUAAGGAAUUUGGCACGCUCCUCAGAACUAAAAUAGAAGCAGUGCCGGAGUGUUUCUGGGAUCAAGACGUGCAAGAAAUAAGCACAUCAAUGUCGGGUGUCAUCAGAACCCACUUAAUAGGAACUGAAACUCAUUAGGAUGAAUACAUUACAAUACAACUUGUAUAGCAAUGUAGUGGUUGGGUAUAGCUCACAUGGAGAUGGCAAGUGCCUUUGUGGGUGGAACAGAGCUGCUACGGUAGCAUUUACGGCUGUCGGUUCCCCUUCUGGUGAGGAGCACUGGGCUGCAGCUGCAGUAGGCUGCUUUCUGCCUUUCAGAGUUCUUUUGAUGUUGACAAGACAAAAGGCAACAACUCUUAUUUCAGGUUUGAAAAAAAAAAAAAAACCUACCUAGUUUUGAAUCCAGUACACUUGCUCUUAAUCUCUUUCUGUGUGUCCUGUCACUUUUAUUUGAGGUUUCCACAAAUACUUUGCUUUUAUCCAGCUCAAGGAUGGCAAAUCUGUGAUGCAAGUGCCAGAAGUGACAACUCCUUUGUCUUCUUUCUGUGUUUGAAACUUUUUGCAGAAUCAGAGCAGCUAAAGUGUAGCUUUAUAAUUUGAUAGCUUUUCAUUAUUCAUUCUUUGUCCUUAUUUAUUGUGGUUAACAUUAAAGGUCAGGCAUUGUCAUGCAGCACAACGCAGCUGUUACUUCUUCAUUCCACACACAAGAGCGUUAGGCAAUUUGAUAUACUGAAGUGAAAAAAUACAUUAGUAAGUCUUGACUGGUUUAGCAGAAAUUGGUAUUCCUGGGUGGGUUUUGUUUUCCAUAUUGCAGUGCAGUAUUAUUACCUUUUCAUUUAGGAAACUGGGCACUUAAGAUCUCGGAAUCUCUAGGCUGUAGCUUUGCUGUGUACAAUUUGACAAAUUAUGGUCUAGAACUUGAGCUUUGUGUCUCCUUAUAUUGGUUAUAAAUGUUGAAGAAUGUAUCUUGCGUUGUAAUUAACAGGUAAAAAUUCAGCCCAUGGUGAUAAGAAUACUGUAACGGGGUAGGAAUUUCAACUCCUGAACUCCAGACUAGAAGCCAAGCCAAAACUAUCUUGUAUUCUCAUGCAAGUAAUCCCUCCUCUUUGUUUCUUGAUUAAUCAUUAUCUUUGUUUUGUUUAUUUAGAUUGUAAGUUCUUUGUGGCAAGCGGUUGUCGUGUGUGUGUGUGUGUAUGUGUGCGUGCACGCGCGUGUGUGUGUCUGCCCGGGACAAUAAGGCCUGGAGCCCCAGUCUGUGGAAGCUGUAAUAAGCAAUCACCUUGUUAUUGUUUUCCUGGAUAUGGUAAUAAAGAGUAUCCAAUUUAAA